AUGUACUUCGGCCUCCAGACGGGAUGGGUGUCCAUCAUGUCCAUGCCUGCAAGUCUCAUGGGGUUCGGUAUCUUUAAGCUGCUCGCUCCGCACCUGCGGUUUCCCUUUUCUCCGGUUGAGAAUGUCUUGCUGCAGAGUGUCGCGUGCGGUAUGGCUAUUAUGCCUCUUGGAUGUGGUCUUGUUGGAGUUGUUCCGGCGUUCAACUAUCUUUUGGAAAAGGAUGAGCAGGGUCCUAUCAACUUGAGCACUUGGCAGCUUAUCAUUUGGUCUCUGGGACUUUGUUACUUUGGCGUGGUCUUUGCAGUUCCUCUACGCGUCCAAGUCAUCAUUAGAGAAAAACUCAAGUUCCCUAGUGGUUUUAGUACCGCCGUGUUGAUCUCGGUUCUCCAUGGUCAGGGCCGCCAAUCCAGCAAGGAUGAGCUCGAGGCUGCUGCCAAGGGCACCUUUGCAAGUCUCGUACCUCGCGAUGAACCGUUUCAACCGGCUGAAAUUGGUUCGGCCGCGACAGACCAGGAGCAUCAGCAUGAGAUCGAGGAUGAGGAUGAGGACGACAAAGGGGAUUGGGCAGCAAACAUCCGACUGCUGCUCCUGUGCUUUGGCGCCUCUGGCUUGUUUACGUUGGCUACAUACUUCUUCCCCGUCCUACGGAACUUGCCCAUCUUUGGGUCUGUCGCGGCUAAUACUUGGUUAUGGACGUUCAACCCGAGUCUUGCGUACGUUGGCCAGGGUAUCAUCAUGGGUACAGAGACCACUCUACACAUGCUGCUCGGCGCUGUGGUGGGCUGGGGAAUUCUCAGUCCCAUUGCCAAGUCGCGAGGAUGGGCCCCUGGUGAUGUUGACGACUGGGAGCAUGGCAGCAAGGGCUGGAUCAUCUGGAUCUCCCUCGCCAUCAUGCUGGUGGAUGCCAUUGUCAGUCUCGCAUAUGUUACCCUUCGUGCCGUCUGGACAAACGAUCAAACCGCAAGCUUCAUAACCUCCCUGCGACAUAGAGUUCAGGAGCAUGGUGUUUCUGGAUUGUGGAAGCCACAGUCUCAUGACUACUCGUUGCUCAAUAAUGAGGAUACUGAUACUCACUCCCACCACGACGAAGAUGCUGCAGAUGAGGCUGAAGUUGACAAAGAAGAAGAGGACGCCCCUCCACAUCAACGAAUCAGCGGCCGACUUGUCUCAGUUGGGCUUCUGGCAUCCAUUGCACUCUGCGUUUUGACGAUUCACCUGGUUUUUGGUGAUCUUGUACCGCUCUAUGCUACCAUCAUUGCGGUCCUGAUGGCCUUGGUCCUUAGUAUCAUGGGUGUGAGAGCGCUGGGCGAGACAGAUCUGAACCCUGUGUCCGGCAUUAGCAAGCUUGCACAGUUGUUCUUUGCCCUGAUUAUUCCUCAGUCGCACAAGUCUAGUGUUCUUAUCAACCUGAUUGCAGGUGCUGUUUCUGAAGCUGGUGCUCUGCAAGCCGGCGAUCUCAUGCAGGACCUCAAAACUGGUCACCUACUGGGAGCUGCUCCUAAGGCUCAGUUCUGGGGUCAGGUCAUUGGAGCUACUGCCGGCGCUAUCCUCAGUGCCUUCAUCUACCGCAUCUAUACUACAGUCUACGAAAUCCCUGGUGAUCUCUUCCAGGUACCCACUGCCUAUGUUUGGAUCUUCACAGCAAGACUUGUCACAGGCUCUGGGUUGCCCUACAGGGCAAAGGAAUGGGCCAUCGGAGCUGCCGUUCUAUUCGUGGGCACAACCAUCACCAGAACUCUGGCUGUCGGGAAGAGAUGGCGACCUCUCAUUCCAGGCGGCAUUGCUGUUGCCGUCGGCAUGUAUAACGUCCCAUCAUUCACCCUCGCUCGAGCCGUGGGAGGCUUGUUCGCAUGGUAUUGGGUUCAUCUCGCUCAACGAGCGCAGACACCCCUCAUCAUCCUUGCAUCUGUAUGUAUCCGUCUCAGUCCCCCUACAAGGCUAUUCUAA